AUGAGCUACAACAACGACAUUACAUCCCCCAGCGAGAUGGUGAUGGACACAGACGACUAUGUCGGUAUUCCGAACGAAUCCGAGAAAGAGCCUGUCGCCAUCAUCAACCCAGACAACGACAAUGACAUCGACAACUUGCAAGACCUGCCUCUGGCAACCGACCAUGAGGCCAUGAAGGAGCUGAUCCUGCCACCAUUAGCCGAAGAACCCCGCAUCUUAGAAGAUGUCGUGAACACAUGGUCGAUCCCCUCCUGGAGGGGGCUGCCAAAGCGCGAGCAUGGUCCCAUCUUCCAUGCCGGCGGCUACCCUUGGCGGAUUCUGCUCUUCCCCUUUGGCAAUAAUGUCGACCAGUGCUCCAUCUACCUCGAACAUGGCUUCGAACCGAAUGAAGUUCCAGAGAACUGGAGCUGCUGCGUGCAGUUUGCUCUAGUCCUGUCGAACCCAAACGAUCCCAGUCUCUACACGCACCACGUUGCUCAUCAUCGCUUCACUAAAGAAGAGGCUGACUGGGGAUUCACGAGGUUCUACGAGCUGCGCAAAAUGUUCAAUGUGCCGUACGAGAACGGAAGCCGACCACUAUGCGAGAACGACACCGCCAACAUCACCGCAUAUCUUCGUGUCGUUGAGGACGAGACGGGCGUGCUAUGGCAUACCUUUCUCAACUACGAUUCAAAGAAGGAAACGGGCUAUGUUGGCUUGAAGAAUCAGGGAGCCACCUGUUAUCUCAACUCGCUUCUCCAGUCCCUCUACUUCACAAACGCUUUCCGCACCCGUCUGUUCUAUCAGCUCCAGACGUCAGGAACGGCAGUAGGCACGAAUGAGCUUACCAAGUCUUUUGGGUGGGAAACGAGACACAUCUUUGAACAGCAGGAUGUUCAAGAACUGUCGCGCAAGCUCAUGGAACGCAUGGAAGAGAAGAUGAAGGGCACGCCAGCUGAAAAGGUGCUGCCUGACAUGUUCAGUGGCAAAAUCAAGACGUACAUCUCUUGUGUCAACGUCGACUACGAAUCCAGCCGUAUCGAAGAUUUCUGGGAUAUUCAGCUCAACGUGAGCGGCAACAAGAACCUCAUCGAGAGUUUCCAGGACUACAUCCAAGUCGAGAAGAUGGAUGGCGAGAACCAGUACUAUGCGGGCGACGAGUUCAAGCUCCAGGACGCCAACAAGGGCGUCAUUUUCACCAGCUUUCCUGAUGUGCUGCACUUGCAGCUGAAAAGAUUCGAGUACGACAUUCAACGAGACAUGAUGAUGAAGAUCAACGAUCGAUACGAGUUCCCAGAGGAGUUUGACGCCGCCCCUUUCCUGAUUGAGGGCGCCGACAAAUCCGAGCCUUGGACUUACCAACUGCACGGCGUGCUAGUGCACAGCGGUGACCUCAACGCUGGACAUUAUUACGCCUUCCUGAAGCCCGAGAAGGAUGGGUGGUUUUACAAGUAUGAUGACGACAAGGUUACGAAAGCGACGAUGCGCGAGGUCCUUGAGGAAAACUUUGGUGGCGAGUAUCGACUCCCCAAUGGCUCUUUGCUGCGAGCACCGCUUCAAAAGAAGGCGCCGAUCAUGCGUCAAAAUAGUGCGUACAUGCUGGUGUACAUUCGCCAAACACGCCUCGAUAAGAUUCUGCGCCCCGUCACCUCGGACGACAUUCCUACUCAUCUGAAAUCGAGAAUUGAAGAAGAGACUGCCUUGCGGGAAGCCAGGAAGAAGGAGCGUAUGGAGGAGCAUCUCUAUAUCGGUGUUAAGGUCAUCACAAACGAAACUUUCAAGCAGCACGGCGGCACAGAUCUAACCAACUUUGACCCUGAAGUGGAGGAUGCUUCGACGCCCAAGUUCUACCGGGUUCUUCGUACGAUGACUAUGGAGGAGCUCACGACCACCAUCGCUGAAGACAUGCAGCAGGACCCUCGCAACAUCCGCUGCUGGGUCAUGGUCAACCGCCAAAACAAGACAAUCCGUCCGGAUCAACCGAUCAUGGACCUCAACCCUACGGUGGAGGAGGUAUUCCAGCGAGCACAGGCGCACCGGGACCAGGCUCUCCGACUCUGGGCUGAAGUCGCGGAAGAAACGGCUUCCGACGGCAAGGCUAUUUGGCCCACCCAUGAACCCCAACAAAAUGGCAUUGUCGUCAAGAAUGACUUGAUCUUGCUAUUCCUCAAGUACUUCGAUAUCGAGUCGCAGACCCUUCGUGGCGUUGGUCAUGUGUACAUCAGCAAGGAGAAGAAGGUGGAGGAGCUCGUGCCUUUGAUCUUGAAGAAAAUGGGAUGGGGUGAAAAGUUGCCGUCUGACGAGAAAAUCUCUCUAUACGAGUUUGAAGCCGAAGCAGUCGCUGAAGCGGCUGAGUUGCAAGACGGCGAUGUUCUGUGUUCCAGCGGAGCAGCGGAGCGCAAGAGCGAAAGAAACAUUCUCGAGAAGCGUCUGCACCUCAAUGAGAAGCAGGUGUCUGAAGAAGCCACGCGAAAGUCUGAUCGCGUCGAGGAUGCUCGGGAAUACUACGACUUCUUGCACCACAAGAAAACUGUCAAGUUCCACGCGCAUCCCACGAAAUGUGACGCGGCACAGUUCCCGCCUUUCGAGCUGGUUCUUAACUCGAAGAUCAGCUACGAUGUGUUGACGGAACGAGUUGCGGCGCAGUUGGAGUGGGAGCCAACACAUCUCCGACUAUGGACAGUCAACGUGUCUACAGGCAACCCCAAGAGCGCCGUGAAGCGUGGCAACAACCAGACGCUUCAGUCCAUCUUGAAUCCCACCGGAUUCGGCAACCUGAAUGCCAGCCAAAGGACGGAUGCAUUCUAUUUCGAAGUCCUGGACAUCAGUCUUGCGGAGCUAGACACCAAGAAGAACAUUAAGAUCACGUGGCUCACAGAGGGCAUUACGAAAGAGGCAAGUUGCAUCCAGCAGGACCACCUGGAUCUCUUGGUCGCCAAGAAUGGCAUCAUUGAGGACCUCAUCCAGGCGCUCAUUAAGAGGGCAGAUCUGACUGACGAAGCCGAGAGCGGUCGAAUUCGGGUGUACGAGGCGAGCCAGCACAAGUUCUACCGGGAGCUCAAGCGGGACUACCCCGUCAUCAGCCUCAACGACUACACCAACCUGUACGCGGAGCGUGUGCCGGACGAUGAAGUCAACGUGGACGACACAAACACCAUCUCCGUGUUUCACUUCCAGGGCGAACCUAACAGGGCCCAUGGUGUGCCUUUCAAAUUCUUGCUGAUCGAGGGCGAGAAGUUUGCAGAUACGAAGAAGAGGCUGGAGAAGCGCACGGGCUUGAAGGGCAAGAGCUUUGAGAAGAUCAAGAUUGCCCUGAUCAGGAGGACGCACUUCUCUAAACCCCAUUAUCUGGAGGACGACGACGAGCUAUGGUCCAUUGCAAGUGGCGAUGAUGACUAUCUAGGCCUCGAUCACGUCGAUCGGACAAGGGCUCUACGAAACGGCGUUGGAGACCUCUUCCUUCGGUAG